CCACAUCAGCAACAGCAGCCACAAACAUGGACGAAAACGAACAAGAAUUAAAAAGUCCCAUGAAACGAGUUGGAUCCACCCGCAAGGUGUUUCUAUUCAAUAACAUACGACAGCAAUUAAACGAACACUUACGAUGCCUAGAUGGUCGUGUCGAAUCCCAAGUAUCCCUAAUACAAGAGCUGCAAGAUCUCUUUCGACGAAGGGGUGAACUGGAACUGGAAUACAGUAAAAAUUUAGAUAAGUUAGUGCGUAGCCUACAGGCGCGACACAAGGAACAGAAACAAAAACGCGAACAGUGGCAUAUAUUUUCGGCAUUUGCCUCAUGGUCCCACCUAUUGGAACAGACACAGUCGCUGAGCAAAGAUCAUGCCACCUUGUCCGAAUUGUAUUCGGUAAAUAUUGUGUCGUCGCUACAGACCACCAUAGAGGAUGUCCAAAGGAUAUAUAAGAAAUGUCGUUCCAUUGGGUACGAUAUACACGAAGAAAUCCUACGGGUGUUGGAAGAGUUAUAUGCCACAAUGAAAACAUACCAGAAAUACGAAGCCGAGUGGAAGGCGGCCGAGGUCAAGCUGAUGACAGCCGAAGCCCAGCAACAAAAAUUGGAACAGACCAUACAAAAGGAGAAGCUGCGCAGCAGUAAAAAAUACCGCAUGAUCGAAAAGGAGAUACUCAAACGCCGUACCAAAUACUCAGAUGCUCGCAUGAAGGCGUUGAAGGCUAAAAACGAAUAUCAGCUGUGUUUGGAAUCAUCGAAUACCACCAUACAUAAAUAUUUCAUCGACGAUCUGAGCGAUCUUAUCGACUGCAUGGAUUUGGGUUUCAGUUCGAUGAUAUCGCGUUGCCUGGUCAUGCAUGUCACCGCCGAUCAGGGACGAGCCCGUGCCAUUUUGAGCCAGGCCGAUAAUCUAGCUCAUGUCAUACACCUAAUCGAUAGCCAGCAGGACAAACAGAAAUUCAUGGAACAGUAUCAUGCAGCGUUUAUGAUACCCAAACGUUUCGAAUUCCAGGGACAAUUCAGCAAUGACUUGCUGGAGCAAAGUGUCCAGAAGGAGUUGUAUGUCGAUAUGGAGACCCGUCUGCAAGUGAUUGGCCAAAGGCUGAAUUCGCUGCGCACGGAGUCCGAGGAGAUUUGGAAGACUUUGGAAACGGCCGAGGUCAAGUUGCUGGAGCAUUUCAACAGCAAGGACUGUGAUGUUAGCCCUGCCUUUGUGGAGCAUAAUAAGAGCCUUUUACAAAAGGGCGGUCCCUCGAUGGCCUUCAAUCCCAAACUGAAGGCCGAGAAGGAGGAAGUCGAAGACUUCUAUAUAAAUAAGAUACGUGAAUAUAUACGUGGUACAUCGCGCAUAGCGCGUCUAGAUGCUAAGGCCAAGUAUCUGAGGGAGAUGCUGAUUACGGACAAUAAUGCCGCAUUCACCAGGGAAAUCCUCGAUCACCCCAUCAACAGUAAACGCAAGAGAAUAGGUCGCAAAAACCAAUCGGGAAGACCCAAGCUAUUUGGCGGUUCCCUCGAGGAGUACUUGGAAAACACUGGAGAAGAGAUACCAUUAAUUUUAAGAAGUUGUAUACGUGUCAUAAAUCUGUAUGGUUUACACCACCAGGGCAUAUUCCGUGUGUCGGGUUCUCAGGUGGAAAUCACCAACUUCAGAGAAGCCUUUGAACGCGGUGAGGAUCCGUUGGCCGAUACCACAGAUGCUUCCGAUAUUAAUUCAGUGGCUGGUGUUUUGAAACUCUAUCUGAGAGAACUGAGGGUGCCACUCUUUCCGAAAUUCUAUUUUGAGAGUUUCAUUUCCAUAGCGGAAAUGCAGACCAAAGCCGAAAUGGUCAAAGGAAUCAGACAGUUCUUGCAAAAUCUGCCCAACUCGGUGGUCAUUGUCAUCCGCUAUCUGUUCUCCUUUCUCAACCAUCUCUCCGAGUAUGCCGACGAGAAUAUGAUGGACGCGUAUAAUUUGGCCAUUUGCUUCGGACCCACCCUGAUGCCAGCUCCCGAGGACAAGGACCAGGUGCAGUAUCAGAAUCAAGUAAACGAACUAAUCAAAAAUAUGAUUAUCUAUCACGAGGAACUGUUCCCCAAGGAGUUGGGCGGAUGCGAAUACGAGAAAUACAUUUCCCCACAUACGCUCGAUAUGGACGUGGGUGAUUCACCUUCCGAGGUGUUGACCGAAGAUCCCGAAUCAGAUGCCUAUCCCUCCGAAGAUGAGUCUGAAGUUCUGGAAGCUGUGGCCCAGUUUGAUUUCAAUGCACGCUCCAGCCGGGAGCUGUCGCUGACAAAAGGUGAUUGUAUUAUUUUGCGCAAACAGGUGUCGAACGACUGGUGGCAGGGCACGGUAAAUGGCAAAGAGGGCCUAGUGCCCGACAAAUACAUAUCGCUCAAACUCAAAGAUGAAGUUCGUCUGCCCGCACAAAAUUCACAAUCUAUGGAACAUUUGUACUUAGAGAAUUCAUGCUCUUCAUCAACUUCAAUGUUAGUAGACAAUAAAGAUAUCGCAAAGUAUGUUGUCAAUGAUGUUUAUUUUAACCACGCUGGUGGCGGUGGUGGUGGCAGUGUUAGUGGUAACUCAGCCUUUAAUAACACCUCUGGUGCCGCAGCGACUGCUACUGCAUCGGCGCCUGCUUCGAUCAGUGUGCUGGGUGGCAGUAGUAGUUGCCUGGGUCUGGGUUUGGCCCCCCAUAACAAUGGCAACGGUACAGCGGGUGCUAUUUAUGCUGUGCCGCAUCAACGCAAAACCAGUACUGGCAGUGGCAAUGGAUCGCUCGGAGGUGCUAGUACUAGUGGUGGUGGUGGUAUUGGCUUUGGCUCAUCAUCCAAUGCUUCUGGCGAUUCCUCAUCCUAUUCGUGUACAGAUGGUAAUGCUUAUGCUGUCACCAGCGAAGUUCAUUUAUUUAAGCACUUUGCCUCCUCCCCCUCACCCCAUUCUAAUGCCACCAAUACUAACACGUCUUCUACUACUACUCCCACGGCUAUCACCUCUACAACUCCUCCCCCUCUACCCACUAGUGGUCCUAAUUUUACAUCAACGCCUCCACCAAUUAACCACUCAUCAUUAAUGAAGCUAUUGAAGAAUCACAGCAAACAAUAUCACGAUGAGCCACAUUCCUUUGAGAAUGCCAUCGAAUUUCAAAACGCUUAUGAUGAACAGGUGGAAAAAUUCGAAACGACUGUAUAGAGAUAAGUUAAUGCGGCGCACAAAGAGCGCAAGCGCACAUACACAGGCUAAAAACGCACAUACAC